GCUGGUGAGAGGCUGUAUCUUCAGACAGGGAACAGCAUUCAAAGGCUUCAGGUGAGAGGGAGCAUGGCUCCCUAGGAAUGAAUGCAUUUCAUCACCUGGAAGAGUAGAAACUGCAGGCUAGUGAAAGAUGAAGCUCGACAGAGGUUCCGGUUCUGUGGUGACCUGGACUGUCCUGACUGGGUCCUGGCAGAGAUCAGCACGCUGGCCAAAAUUUCCUCCGUGAAGCUGAGGCUGCUGUGUAGCCAGGUGCUGAAGGACCUUCUGGGACAGGGGAUUGACUAUGAGAAGAUCCUGAAGCUCACCGCUGAUGCCAGGUUUGAGUCGGGUGAUGUGAAGGCCACAGUGGCAGUGCUGAGUUUCAUCCUCUCCAGUGCGGCCAAGCAUAGCGUGGAUGGCGAGUCCUUGUCCAGUGAACUGCAGCAGCUGGGGCUGCCCAAAGAGCAUGCAGCCAGCCUGUGUCGCUGUUAUGAGGAGAAGCAAAGCUCCCUGCAGGAGCACCUGCGGGCCUGCAGCCUGCGAGUGAAUAGGCUGACAGGCGUGGGCUGGCGGGUGGACUACACCCUGAGUUCUAGCCUGCUGCGGUCCGUGGAAGAGCCCAUGGUGCACCUGCGGCUGGAGGUGGCAGCUGCCUCGGGUGCCCCGGCCCAGCCUGUUACCAUGUCCCUCUCAGCAGACAAGUUCCAGGUCCUCCUGGCAGAACUGAAGCAGGCCCAGACCCUGAUGAGCUCCCUGGGCUGAGAAGAAGAGCUCAUGGGGCCCAUGUGGAACUGCCCUCCAGACUUCUCUUCAGGGGGUGCCCCAGCUCCAGGACCCUAGGGGCCUGGCCUCCUGGAUGUCUGGCUUCCUAGGUUACCACCUGAGAAUUCAGCCCAGGGAUCCUGAACACUCUUGCAGCAUUGUCUUCCCUCCCCCGUGAAAGGCGCAUGUCAGUGGUUUUCAUGAGAAGAAAGAAUAAACAGAAGUGUAAGAAGUGUAAA